AUGGAGAAGUAUUCCAGCAAGAAGUGCGAUUCUUCUCCAGGAGAACGCGCGACCUCAUGCUGGGCGUCCCACAAUCGAUACAAUAUCGAAAUUGGGGUGGGAGAUACUGGAACACCCCCCCCCCCCUAUAGUCCGGAUUUAUCUCCGUGUGACUACUACAUGUUUGGAUCACUGACAGAAGCCCUCGGAGGUCAAAGAUUCAACACUGACGAAGAGGUAGAAGAGUUCGUGCGCACAUGA